AUGGAUGCUGCCCCUCAUUACCAUGGCAGCUUGGUUGCCUUUGAGGGGCCUCAGGAUAUUAUCUCAACUCAGCUUCGACUACUCCCCAACUCACCUAACAUCUUGAUUAUCCCACCUCUUCAAUUUUUCAUUAAGGAAGAUGAACCAGAGGCGCAAUUCGAUGCCCGAUCACAUAUUCUUACUAUACAUAAAGCAUGUUGUGAGAGAAUCGAAACAGCGUGGGCAUUCUUACGAGAAUCGACCCCGAGUAACAAGCGGUUGGUCUUUAUGAAUGGGGGUACGGCAAGCUCUCAGGUGGAAUGCAUUUCAGAUAUCGCCAAAUACGUAACAAACGGAGACCUAGAAAAAGCCGAACGAAUAUUCAACCGGCUUGUUCGGGAUGGGGUUACUGGGCUACGGGGCCAGCAACAGAAAGACUUAAGUUCAAAGCCGCCGCAACCGAUGGCCAACGGUUACCAACCAAGUCAACCAGAUGGAGAGGCAGCUAAUGAUCCAUCUUCUGAGGCUAUGAGAGCAGCCGAUGCUCUCGAUGACGAGACUGCCUCAUUGCAAUCGAAUCAUGAGGUUGAUCUAACCUCGAGGCUUCGACCCAGAAGCACUAGCGUUCCAGCCUACCGGAUCGCUGACGAUCUACAAAAUGCAGCUCCCUUCUAUGUAUUCGGGGCUCAUAGAUGGCACAAGAGAAAUAACACCUAUGACUCGGCGAUACCUCAGCAGCCCCGCCGUAGUCACACCACACAGGAUUCACGGAAAGCUACUCGGCGAGCAUUGGAGCCCGUUGGAUCUCGAGUCAAUGAAAUAAAUGGUCAUCUUAGUCCUCUGCCUAAUGCUGCGGAGGAAGAUCUCAAGAAACCAUUGUCGCCAGCAAGUUUUGACUUCUUAAGUCCACACUCUUUCGCGUCAGCGACAGUACCGAAUACACCGGCGAUAUGCGAAGCUUAUGUGGUGAAUGUUCGACAUUCAACUUCGGCCAUUUAUCACAAGAAGACUAAGCCAGUUGAUCAGAUUUAUUCCAGCGCCAUACGAAACCAGGAUAUCCUACUUUGCAGUUUCCCGCAUCCGCCAGAUUCGAAACCACUCGGCCCGGAGGCUAGUCCAAGGAUUCAGCAAGAAAGGCCACUACUUCGGUCCAAAUUUGCUAGCGAAAUCCCGAGACCAACGUUUAGCACGCCUAGGAGGUCUAUAAUUAGGCGCAAUCCCCCUUCUCCGCUUAAUCUGCACAAGCCAUUAAGACGGCCAGUGACUUACAUUGAUCGUGCUACGAGUCCUAGGAACAGCUAUGUAGACCGAGGUACUACAACCGAACCUGAACCUGAACUCAAUCUAGAUCAUAUUUAUACAGACCAGAGUGACACAGAUGCUGAACUUACUGUUUCUGAGGAUGCACCUCAACCUAGCAGUCGUGAGCAGCUUGAAACAGUCAUGCCUAUGCUCGAAAACUUGGUCAUACUCUUCAAGGCUGAAAAGCCAGAUUUGCGACUAGAAGCAACGAUACAAGCCUUUAGAGAUGGCAAAUAUCCGAUAUCCAAAUCACCGCCGGAGACAGAAGCCGAGAAGAUCCCCGAACAAUCUAGAUCCCCUAGUCCGCAAAAGCCACCACAGCGAGUUAUGCCACUCGUUAAUAAACCAAAGAAUCAAGUACAGCACGCAGAGGUGGCGCCUGCUUACCGCGUAGAUGCGGAUGAGUAUGACCCUUUCGCAUACGGAAAGUAUCCGCGUCCACCUAACCAGAAUGCGAGCAGCAAUCGACCAUCCACGCCCCCGACUCGAGAUAAGACGCCGCCUUCUGCCACAAAGAAGCUAGAGAGAUGUUUCCACGAUUUCACUACGACGGACUGUAGGACAGCCGUAUGUAUGCAGAACUCACUACGGUCUAUCUUGAAUAUCUACUUCCCGCCAGAGGAUACGGGUUUUCACCAAUUUAACUUCCCCUUACUCCCCGAGCUUAGUAGCCUCUGGAAGCCCGUAUUUCGAGAAGCGGAAACGGGCACAGUUAUAAAGCGAAAACGAAAAGUCGACCUUAUACUUGCUAUUGGGGCACAGCAGGGCGUCGAUAAGGACUUCCUUUCUGCGAUUAGCGGGUCCUUGGAGAAGCUUGGUACGAAACCGAACGGUGUGACUCGAAGCGGGAGGUUGGACUUGAGGUUCCUCAUCGCGAGCGCUAUGCAGGCGUUCACUUCGCAACCCCUGACGAGUCAAACUCAAGAUAACCCUUUCUCCAACCCGUUGCUCUUGGCGACUUUAAUUAUACCGCACCUAGAGACGUAUAUGGCUGCGCAUGCCGCGACACGGUUCCUCUUACUCGAGUAUCCCCCCGAGCACCUAACCACCGUCUUAGCCUUGCAGCGGCUAGUAGGCGCAGACCUCUUGCGGAUAGUAGGAAUCCUCUACUCAGAAGACUCGGGAGCGAAAGCAUGUCCUAGUGUUAACAUCCCAGUCCGUCGGAAUACACAUGUUCGCAUGAACACCUCACAAUCUGGCAUAUCUGCGACUAGCACACGUACAGGCGCCACGCUCUACGCGCCAGCACCGGCAGCGGGAGGGGCGAAACAGACGACUUUUUCUAAAGCGAAUUACUUGCUAACAUCAUCGGCCAACGAGUCCGAUAUUGCGGAGUUGAUAUCGAGGGUCUGGAAAAUUCUUAUUGACGUCUCGACAUUCUAUAUUCCGGACGGCGUAGCGCAGAAGUCGGUGUUGCAAGUUAGGAAGGAAGAGAAACGCAACUCACAGGAUGCCCAGGGUAGACCGUUGGCCCAGACUCCGUUGCUUAAUACGACACAGCAAUAUGCGCCGCUCGCGAGCGCCGCGGCGAUGAUGGGAUUUGGGCAGAAGUAUGGCGGUUACACGAAAACUGAGACGGAAUAUACCGACACUCAUACCAACACUUCAACACCGCCACCGCCACCUCCGCCGCCGAAACACAAGCACCGAAAGGGGGGCAGCAAAGGGGGCGAAUCGAUAAAACAAGAAAUGGUGCUAAAAUCAUCUAAAGGGUCUGUGACGGAGACUAUUAAGAGUAGUAAAACAGCUCGGACGAUGAGGAGUCAACGGAAUAAAUUGAGGAAUAUGCUGGGUAGAGAGAUAGAUGGGGAUGGUGUGAAUAUAAAUGGGGGCUACGUGUAUGAGUGGUGGGAUGAUGAGGAUGACGGACUUGCGGCGGAGGAGCGCAAGUAUAUACCCCUGUAUGGAAAACAAAAUUGGCCGCGGAAGGGGAAUAGUAGUAAGGCUUUGAAGUGGCUGGGGCUUGCUACUUAG